AUUCUGCAUCUGAUGGAUUAACCCAAACAAAAUGGCAAUUGAUGUGAAGAUUUUAUCUCCGAGAAGGAGCAGAGAUUUAAGCGUUUUUAUGUUAAUUCUUUCGAUUUUCACUGCAUUUGGAGAGGGAAUACAAGUUUCGUAUCUGUACAAUAGCUGCAAUACCACAAUCCUAGCAGAUAUCACAGGCCUUGUAGAGCCCGACAGUAGUCUGCGAUACAGAAAUAAUCAGGACUGCCACGUUGUCCUCUCAACAGAGCCAAGCAAGAAGCUGCUCUUACAGUUCAACAGAUUUGUCUUAGAAGAGGCAGUAAAUGGAGCAUGUGUGGACAGUUUAAGAUUGCACGAUGGAGAGUCCGACAUGGCGCCCCCUUUGACCCCAAAACUCUGCGGUCGACAAUCCCUGUCCGAGGUGGUCUCAACCAGUAGCAAUGUGACGUUUGUGUUUGAAACAGAUGAUACAGGGGUUAGCCUCGGAUUCGGAAUUCUGUACACAGUGUUUGAAGAUGCACCAUGUUCAGCAGGUCAGUUUCAGUGUAACAACAGUCGGUGUAUUGAUUACUCUCUCAUCUGUGAUUCACUGGACAACUGUGGAGAUAACAGUGAUGAGGCACAAUGCAUGGAUGUCAUCGAAACAUCCAGUGGGCUAACACUAGGUCAGCUUGUCCUCAUCGCUCUUGGAGGCAUUGUGGUUGUCGUCAUCGUCAUUUUCAUUGCCAGAUCACUCGCACAGAAGUUCCGCUCCAACAAGCUUGUGAAGCAGCUCAGAGCCGACAUGGACAACUCCCGGGUGGACAACGAGUAUAGCAAUAAAGACUUCUGGGGCAAGUGAUGGAGCAGGAAUAGACAUGACAGGCCUCUCGGUUUAGGUAAUUUAGCAAAGUGUAGUUGGCCCGCCAAAAUGUGUAAGGAAUCCAAUGUUAAUAAUGGUUGAUCACA